AUGCCGCAAAGUGGAAGCUUUGAGGUCAUUUUUGGAAACCUGACAACUUUAGGAGAGCUUUGUGGUUUGAUCAGUUAUGGCUCCAGGGAUCCCGUGUUUAAUGACCGAGUACAGUUUCCUUCCUUCUACAGAACUGUCCCUGAUGAACUAUCUGAAAUCGAUGGGAUUGUAGAACUGAUUAAGCACUUUGGCUGGAAAUGGGUCGGGCUCAUUGUAUCUGAUGAUGAGAUUGGGCUUAGGGCAGGCAAACAUUUUGAGAGAGAAAUGAAGAAAGACGGGAUCUGUUUGGCCUUCAACAUUAGAAUUGAAUUGGGGUCAAUAGCUUCUACUGAUCCUAUGAAGACUAGAGAGAUAUUAAACAGAAGCACAGCUAAUGUGGUCGUUCUUUUAGUCAGUUUAAGGUUUGUUGGGUAUAUUCUGUUCUUUUUUGCCAUGUUUGACAUGCCGGAGAAAAUAUGGAUUGUAUCUUCAACUUUCUUAAGGGUUUUAGAUACAGCGUAUCCCCAAAAUCGAAUAAUAUUUAAUGGCAUUUUGGCUCUUUCCAUCCAACAAGGAGAGAUUCCUGGGUUUAGAGAGUUUUUACACGGUUUGAAUCUAUCUGAAUGUCCCGACGGCAUUUUGUUUCCAGAUGUCUCGGAGAGAUUAUCUGAUUGCAAACUGCCCAACGCCAUUAAAACAACCCCAAGUGGAACAAACAUCUCCCUCCCACAAUGCACGGAGAGUGAAUUCUUUCAGGAGUAUGAUCUGCCGAUUAACGAAACUCUAAAUUUCAGAAUAUCUUAUGGGGUUUACACGGCAGUAUACACAAUGGCCCUCGCUCUCCAUAAACUGAACAUGAAACAAACAAGGGCAAGUCACCCUGACAGAAGAGAAAGACAACAUAUUAAUUUUAAGCAAUGGCAGUUGAAUGCUCUGAUACAGAGUAAGGAUUUUGAGAUGACUUCCGGGUACAAGAUUCACUUAAACGUCAAAAAAGACCCGUCAAAGUAUUAUGAAAUUGUGAAAUGUUUUUUCUCUGAAGAAGGAGGUGUCCAAACCGUCAAGGUUGGAAGCUUUGAUAUCUCUAGACCUGAUGGAAACCAACUGUCCGUCAAUAGCAGCGCUGAUCUCUGGGGCCCUUAUUUUACAAAGUGUCCUCCGUCUCGGUGCAAUGAGCCCUGUACGCCAGGACAUAGGAAAUCAAAAAAUGAGAGGAAACCGCCCUGCUGUUAUAACUGUGUGCCAUGUGCGGAAGGGGAAAUCUCUAACACAACAGACACACAGAGCUGUAUAAAGUGCUCUGAAAAUGAAAAGUCUAACAAAGAGCAAAAUGGCUGCAUCCCAAAGAACAUAAACUUCCUCUCCUAUGAAGACACACUGGGUGCUACUUUAUCCUUUAUUUCUUUUCUAUGCACUGUUACAUGUACCGUCAUUCUGGGAAUCUUUAUAAAGUACCGCGAGACUCCUAUAGUGAGAGCCAACAACCGAUAUCUCAGCUGUCUCCUCCUCAUCUCUCUCAUGUUGUGUUUCCUCUGCACUUUAUUAUUCAUUGGGCGCCCAACUCAGAUAUGUUGUCUCCUCCGACAAGUAACAUUUGGGAUUGUAUUUACUAUUUCUGUUUCUUCUGUGUUGGCUAAAACUCUCACAGUUAUUAUUGCCUUCAAUGCCACAAAGCCUGGGAGCAAGCUGAAGAAGUAUGUAGGAACCCAACUGGCCAUCAUAUUAGUCAUUGUAUGUUCUUUAGUUGAGAUUGUCAUCUCUGCUGUAUGGUUGGCCUCCAAUCCCCCAUUUCCAGAGGCUGAUACUCUCUCUGACCCAGACUAUAUUAUUCUGCUGUGCAAUGAAGGGUCAGGCUUUUUCUUCUUCUGUAUAAUUGGAUAUAUAGGAACGUUGGCCCUACUGAGUUUCAUUGCUGCAUUUCUAGCCAAGGAUUUCCCUGACCGAUUUAAUGAGGCUAAAAACAUCACUUUCAGUAUGUUGGGGUUCUGUAGCGUGUGGGGGGCAUUUGUCCCUGCAUACCUGAGCAGUAAGGGCAGUAGAAUGGUGGCAGUUGAGAUAUUUGCCAUUUUAUCCUCCAGUGCUGGAUUAUUGGGCUGUAUAUUUGUUCCCAAGUGUUACAUUAUUUUUCUAAGGCCUGAACUGAAUAUAAGAGACACCAUUGUUAGAAAGCAAUAG